UAGUAACAUAUCAGCAGGCUGCGUCAACACUGCACUGUACUGCUACUGCUAGCUGCUAAACUGAGACUCCCGGCAAGUAAUUUAAAAUUGGAGACAUUCUGUUAGCAAGGAGGGCAAAAUGCUAGCUGCAACUGCUGUAGUAGGAAGGGCACUCCUGAGGAGUCAAGCCAGAGUAGUUUCCGGAGUGAGUUCCCUUCACACAUUGCCAGAGCUUCCCUAUGACUACAAUGCCUUGUCUCCAGUCAUUAGCACAGAGAUCAUGGAGCUCCAUCACAAGAAACAUCACAACACAUAUGUGACCAACCUCAAUGUGGCUGAAGAGGCAUUGGAACAUGCAGUUGAAGCAGGCGAUAUCAGCACCAUCAUUUCUUUGCAAGCAGCACUGAGAUUCAAUGGAGGAGGGCAUAUCAACCAUACCAUCUUCUGGCAGAACCUCUCACCAGACGGUGGAGGAGAACCAACAGGCGAGUUGCUGAACGUGAUCAAGAAGGACUUUGGUUCGUAUGAUGAUAUGAGGAGCAAGCUUUCUGCUGCUACCGUGGCGAUCCAAGGAUCUGGAUGGGGGUGGUUAGGGUACAACAAAGGCACCAGGAGUCUUCAGAUCGCUACAUGUCCUAACCAAGAUCCUCUAAAAGCCACUACAGGAUUGAUCCCGCUGUUUGGUAUUGAUGUGUGGGAACACGCCUACUACCUGCAGUAUAAGAAUGUCCGUCCUGAUUACGUCAAGGCUAUCUUUAACAUUGCUAACUGGAGCGAUGUGGAGAAGAGAUUGACAGACGCUAUGACUACUUAGAUCAAUCGUCGAGUCGUCAUGCCAUUUAAGAAGAGUUUCACAUGACUAAGCCUGGCAGACCAUCAAAUGACUCUUAUCAUAUCAGGCUUUGGUUGUAUCUACUGAGAGUCAGGAGGGUGUUAAUUCAAACACAUUCAUGGAGAUUAAACACCCCUUCUAGCUUUCGGUAUAUAUAUAAUCUGUAAAAGGAUCUUACUUCAUAUAGUUUAUCAAUAACUUCCAUUCAUCAUUAUACCAUUUCAGGUCAUGGUGCGGUGUUCCUCAGUAUUUCUUUUUCACCAACUGAAGUGUUGAAAUCAAAAUGAUAUUAUCAUUGCAUGUUUGAAUAAUGCUCAUGUUCGUGUAAGGUUCACCGAUGAAAACAAACAUUAUAAAUUAUAUUAUUAUCAUGCAUGAAUAUUGUUCAUGUUUGUGUAAGGUUUACUGAUGAAAACAAACAUUGUAAAUGAAUGAUAUCAUCAUGCAUGUCUGAAUAAUGCUUAUGUUUGUGUAAGGUUCAACCAGAAAAUAAACAUUAUAAAUGAUAUUAUUAUGCACAUAUGAUAUAUUGCUUACGUUUGUGUAGGGUUUACUGGUUAAAACAAACAUUAUAAAUGAUAUUAUCAUGCAUGCAUGUAUGAAUAUUGCUCAUGUUUGUGUAAGAUUCACUGGUGAAAACAAACAUUGGAAAAAGGGGAAAGGACAAACUUUGUAUAUAUUAUAUAUAUAUUCAAUCUCUAAGCCUUGGGUGAUUAACUGAUUAUUUUUCUUGAAUUUGAAAGCACAUGUGGGUGUUAUACUGAAUGUCUUGCAUCACGCUUGCCUUCACGAAUGUUUAUGAAAUCAGAAUUUAAGAAUUACUAUGUAAAUCUGAGAGUAGACAGAGCUAUCUCUCUGCUUGAAGGAGUUUAUUAACAAAUUUUUUCUUUUGAUGCUCUCGAGAGGGAUUCGGUGAAGCCAGAUGUAUUCUCAGUGGAACAUAUCUCUGAUAUUUUUUUGGAACAAAAUAGACUGAUAUUUUAGUCUAAUGUAAGAGUUGCGUAGUAUCAACCUUUCAAUCAUUAUGAUUUGAAAUCAAACUUAAUGUUCUUGUGAAUGAGAUCAAAGGUUUAAUUCCUAGAUUGUAAGCACAGGCAGAAUCGUACAUGUUGGUGUUGAGUUCUGAUAUAGUCUGUUCAGAACCAGAAGGACAUUAACUCUGUGUUAAAGUAUAUGAGUUAACGCCCUUUUGGCAUUAACUCUUGGGCAUUAACUCUUAUACUUUAACACAAACUGAUGAUAUAUGAAAUUAUGAACGACAUUACUAUGAUAGACUGUGGAGAUGUAUUCUUGUCAUAUGGAAUUGACCUUACAAAGUGUUGGUUGGAUUCUGUUCUUGAAGAAACACUCAAAAUUGUGAUUUUUAUCAUGUGAGGAGUUGCUUAGUACUAGAGCUUGAAAGAUUAUUAUGAAAGUUCAAAUCAAAACACUUUUCUUUUCAAAUUUUAUCCCUACUGCUUUGAAUCGGUCUGAAAUUAAACUAGAUAAAGUUGUUCUUGGUUCUUCACAUUUUGUAUGAACUGCCACUAUUUUCCUAUCAUGAACUGAGCUACCGGUAUGCCAUAUGCCAAUGAAUAUAGGGAAGAUAACCUAGAUGAUACAGAGAGAUUCUCAACCAAUCAAAAAUAGCCUUUUAUAUGUAAACCUUAAAAUAGAGAAGCUUGUAUGUACAAGAUGACAUGUACAUGGCUAAAGACAAUUUAUAUCUAUACAUGUAAGAAAGCUUAAAAUGAGCAUUAUCUGGUAUGCAUGGUUUGAAACGAUUAUUAAAUGUGCGGUGAGUUUGAGCAUAUUUAGUCCCUGAAAUCAUUACUGUAUUGGUCUUACCACACCUACGGAAUCAAAGAUUUUACCAAAAGAAUUAAUUUGGAUAUAUUUUCAUCAAACCACAUUAAAUGUGUGAAAUAAA